AUGCCAUGUCCUUGUUCCCUUUUCUUCUCUGGGUUUCUCUGUGGAUGUCCAUCUCUCAUCUCUGCCAUCUCACAACCCAUUACCACUCCCGUUCCUCCCUCCAUUCCCUCUCUACCUGUCCGCCCCUCCUCGCCUCCCCGCCCUGCCGUUCCCUCCUCUGCCUCCUCUCCCGCCCCAUCCCUCCGCCCCUCCCCUUUUCCCUCUUCCCCUUCCUCCAAGCCCCCAUCCCUGCCCCGCCCUUUCCCUCCCUCCAGCCCCCGUUCCCGCCCCUCUUCCCCUUCCCUCCCCCGCCCCUCUUCCCCCUCCUUUCCUCACCCCCCACACUCCCCCUCUCCCUCCUCCCGCCCCUCCAACCUUCGCACUCUAUCUCGCCGGCGCCCCCCUUCCCCCCCAAUGCCCUCCCCCUCUUCCCGCCCCCGUGCCCUCCGCCCCCUCACAGUGGUGGCAGCUGCCUCAGAAGGCACCUCCUACUCCCCCCGCGCCUUCCCCAUCCUCUCCCCCUCGGCAUCCCCUCGCACCCGCUCCGCAUUCUCCCCCUCCUCCUCCCCUCCCUGCUCUCCCUCACUCUCCUCCGCUCCUCCUCUCGCCCAGACCUUCUCACUCCCUUCGUUUCUCUCCGACCGCUACCUACCCUCCUCCUCCUCCACCUCCUCCUCCACCUCCUCCUCCUCACCCACUGUCACAGGCACACCUGCUGAUGCUGCCUCCUCUGCUGCGGAUUCAGAGCACCCUUUCACCUCCCAGCCACCUCUGCUCGUGCUGGACUCUCCACCAUCUUCACACCCUGCAGAUGAUUCUGCGACUGUACCAGGUGAACCGUCAUCGACAGCAGAAACAAAAACCAGCAGCAAUAGUGAUGUUGAACCCAUUGACCUUGCUGGCCUUGUCGACUCCAUUGACCUUGCUGGCCCGGUUGACUCUGUUGACCCUUCUGCCAACCUGCUGUUGGCUGCUGUGCCCGCCUGUGAGCCUGCAAGCACAGGAGAGGGGAGAGGUGGUAAGGGGGGAGAGGGAGCACUGGCUGCUGCAGCUGCUGCUGACGGCUCGAUGGCAGGGGUAGGGGCAGCGAUGGGCUGUGCAACAGACACAGGAGAAGGAGCUGACACAGGGGAAGAUGAAUCACUGUCGGCUGCCCCUCUUGCACCUGCUGCCCCUCUUCCAUCUGCCUCACCUGCUGCACCUGCUGCAUCUGCCGCACCUGCUGCCCCUGCUGUUGCGGGUGCCGGCACGGUGGCAGUGGGAGCAGCAGCGAUGGUGUGUGCUGCUGCAUUGGCUGGUGUAGCCAGCAGCAUGCCGGAUGGGAUGACAGCUGUUGCAGACAGUAGCAGCAGCGGGGUGGAGCAAGUGGAUGAGGCGCUGGUGGUGAAUGCAGGGAGCAGGCGGGAAGAUGUGGAGGGUAGGGAGGAAGCGAAGGGUAGGGAGGAAAAGGAUGGUAGGGAGGAAAAGGAUGGCAGAGAGGACGAGAAGACUGGGGCAGGCCAACCUGAGUGGGCAGAGGGGCGAGUGGACGGGAGUGAGAGGAGUGGGGAGGCCGAUGAGAGAGGGAGCAGCAUGCCUGCCAUGGUGACGAUUCCCGAGGCUGCAGCCACGGUGACAGCAGCGGCACUGACACCACUUGCGGCCUCCUUAGAGACUCCUUCCCUCUUUGAGGAGCCUGGCGUGGCAGCACCCACACGGGCCUCACCCUCAGCAACAUUGCUCAGGCCAAGCAUUGCCACUGCAGCUGGUGCCGCUGCAGAGAGCAGUGCAGCGGGUGAUGGCAGCGGCAUGGGGAUAGGCAGUGAAUCCGGUGACAGUGAGGAGGCUGAGCUUACUUUCAGCACCACCAUCGCCCAUGCCAGCAGUGGCAGUAGCAGCAGUAGCAGCAGUAGUGCAAGUGAGGGUGCAAGUGUUGCAAGCAGCAGCACACCAACUGUGUCAGCCAAUUCAACUCCCCACAUGCCUCUCUAUCGCCCCAAGGCCCCUCCUCCCCUCCCUCUCUCCCCGCGCCCCCUAUCUCCCCUCCGCUCCAAGCAGUAUCUUGCACUCUUCUCCUCCGCUCCAAUGUCUCCAGACCUAAAAAAGCAGCAGCAGCAGCAGGCGGCAAGGAGGGUAGACUCUCCUCCUCUCUCGCCCCAGCAACUGUCUGCUCUCUCGUCUUCCCCUCCUCUCUCGCCGCAGCAACGGUCUGCUCUCUCGCCCUCCCCUCCUCUCUCCCCCCAGCAACCUCUUGGCAUGCCUCGCUCCCUCUCCCCCCACCGUCACCGCUUUGCACUCUCUGCCUCCUCUGCUCUUGCUGCCACUGCCGCUGCUGCCACCCCUGCUGCUGCCAUAGGCACCACCACUUGCGAGGCAGGAGAGGAAUGGGGAGCGAAGGCUGGAGAGAGCAUGAUAUAUGAAAGAGGGGAAGAUGUCAGAGGUGGGGCAGCAGAUGGCGGCGUUGAGUGCUUGGCAGAGGCUACAUCGGAGGAUGGAGAAGAGGAAAUGGACGGAGAGGAAGAUGAAAGGGAGAAGCGCGAUACAGGGGGCCAAGGGCAGGAGCAGAGAGGCUCUACAGCCUUGGUGGCGUCCCCUAUUCCUGUCCACCAUACACCUGGUGACUCCUCCACACAUGCCACGUCGCCCACUCCAGCUGCUGCAGCAGCAGCUGGCGGCGGUGUGAAGGAUGGGCGAGUGAAGGGUCUGGCGUCCAUGUUCGAAGCCAAGUUGGCAACCAAGCGCCAGCAGCAGUCAGUGCCGCUGUCCCUCGCCGCCACCAGCAUCACGCCUGCCCGUGCUGCACCUUCCCACGCCACCUCUCGCACACCUUUACCCGACACAGCAUCCUCCCGGCCUACCUCCCCCUCAGAGCCUUCCCCCUCAGGGCCUUCCCCCUCAGAGCCUUCCCCCACAGAGCCUUCCCCAAAAGAGCCUUCCCCAACAGAGCCUUCCCCCACAGAGCCUUCCCCAAAAGAGCCUUCCCCAAAAGAGCCUUCCCCAACAGAGCCUUCCCCCAUGCCGCCUCCCCCCACGCCGCCUCCCCCCACAGCGCCUCCCCCCACAGAGCCUUCCCCCACAGCGCCUCCCCCCACAGAGCCUUCCCCCACAGCGCCUCCCCCCACAGAGCCUUCCCCCACAGCGCCUCCCCCCACGCCGCCUCCCCCCACAGCGCCUCCCCCCACAGAGCCUUCCCCCACAGCGCCUCCCCCCACAGAGCCCCCGUUUGCAGCAGGGCGUGAGAAGCAGCAGCAGUGGGGUUGGUCCUCGCUGCUCGCCAUGGCCUGGCGCCCCUCCUGGGGCUCUGCUCACCCCCCCGCUCCUGCUCCCGCUUCCGAAGCUCCUGCCUCCGAAGCUCCCGCCUCCGAAGCUCCUGCCUCCGAAGCUCCCGCCUCCGAAGCUCCCGCCUCCGAAGCUCCCGCCUCCGAAGCUCCCGCCUCCGAAGCUCCCGCCUCCGAAGCUCCCGCCUCCGAAGCUCCCGCCUCCGAAGCUCCCGCCUCCGGAGCUCUCGCCUCUGAAGCUCCUGAUUACGAAGCGCCCGCCUCUGAAGCUCCCAGCUCCCAGGCUGACGGUGCGAGUGAAGCGGAGAGUGAGCGUGAGAGUGACGGUGAGGGGGAGGCUGUGAGUGAGGGUGCGAGUGAGGUUGCAAGUGAGGGUGUGAGUGAGGAUGAGCGGGAGGGUGAUGAAGAGGUUGGGAGUGAGGAUGGGGGAGUUGAGAGAAGAUAUGAGAGUGAAAGAGAGGGAAAAUUUGUGGGUGUGGGUGAGGGAGCUGAGAGUAAAUACGAGGAUGAAGAAAACAGGGAGGCUGUGAGUGAGGGUGAGGGGGUUGAGAGUAAAUAUGAGAGUGAAGAAAACGGGGAGGUUGUGAGUGAGGGUGAGGGGAUUGAGAGUAAAUACGAGAGUGAAGAAAACGGGGAGGUUGUGAGUGAGGGUGAGGGGGCUGAGAGUAAAUAUGAGAGUGAAGAAAACAGGGAGGCUGUGAGUGAGGGUGAGGGGGUUGAGAGUAAAUAUGAGAGUGAAGAAAACGGGGAGGUUGUGAGUGAGGGUGAGGGGAUUGAGAGUAAAUACGAGAGUGAAGAAAACGGGGAGGUUGUGAGUGAGGGUGAGGGGGUUGAGAGUAAAUAUGAGAGUGAAGAAAACAGGGAGGCUGUGAGUGAGGGUGAGGGGGUUGAGAGUAAAUAUGAGAGUGAAGAAAACGGGGAGGUUGUGAGUGAGGGUGAGGGGAUUGAGAGUAAAUACGAGAGUGAGGAAAACGGGGAGGCUGUGAGUGAGGGUGAGGGGGUUGAGAGUAAAUAUGAGAGUGAAGAAAACGGGGAGGAGGUUGUGAGUGAGGGUGAGGGGGUUGAGAGUAAAUAUGAGAGUGAAGAAAACGGGGAGGAGGUUGUGAGUGAGGGUGAAGAGGUUGAGAGUAAAUACGAGAGUGAAGAAAACGGGGAGGUUGUGAGUGAGGGUGAGGGGGUUGAGAGUAAAUAUGAGAGUGAGGAAAACGGGGAGGUUGUGAGUGAGGGUGAGGGGGUUGAGAGUAAAUAUGAGAGCGAGGAGGGUGAGUUUGUGAGUGAGGGUGAGGGGGCUGCAAGUAAGUAUGAGAGUGAAGGGGAGAGAGACGUUGGGAGUGAGUAUGAGAGUGGAAGAGAGACUGGGGGCGAGGGUGAGAGUGAGAGUGGGGGAGAGAUGGCUUCUGCAGUGCACACAGAGCGUGAAGCUGAAUGGAGAGAGCAUGAGCCGGAGCAGAUCAGCAAACCCAGCAGUACACGAGAAGACGAGAGGCACGCAGAGGGGGCUGUGCUGAGUGGGAGUGAUGAUGAGGAAGAAGAGAAGAGGAAUGAAGGGGAGGGGAGGGGAGGAGGAGGGGGAGUGGGGGUAAUGGUGCAAGGGGAAGCAAGCAGAGAUGAGGAGGAGGGGAGUGCAAAGGUGGAGGGGAUGGCGGUGGGGAGUGGAGAGGGUGAGGAUGCUGUGGAGGAGGAAGAGGAGGCGGACGAAGGGAGGGAGGAUGAAGAAGGGAGAGAGGGUGAGGAAGGGAGGGAGGAUGGAGGUGAAGUAGGGGAGUGCGUGUCUGAGGCAGGACGCUCCGGUGACGUGGAAGAUGACGUGGAAGAUGACGUGGAGGAUGACGUGGAAGAUGACGUGGAGGAUGACGUGGAGGAUGACGUGGAGGAUGACAUGAUAGUUGAUUUGGAAGGGGAGGAGCUGGACGUGGGUCAGCUGCAGCGGGAUAUUGAGGCAGUUCUUAAGGAGGCCUUCAAACUGAAAGGGAAAGGGUCGGACGGGGUGUGGCGCGUGACUGUGGUGCGAGAUGGCAGUAAGGAGGGGAGCGUGGUGGAGGUGGAUGCUGGGGAGGUGGGUGUGGGGGAGGUGGAUUUGGGGGCGGAUGCUGAUGACGAGGGGGAGGAUGAUUCGGAGGAGGAGGAAGAGGACGAUGAUAGCUAUGUUGGGGAAGAGGAUGAGGACGAGGAGGAGGAGGACGACGAAGAAGAUGAGGAGGAAGAGGAGGAAGAGGAAACGGAUGAAGAGGAAGAGGAGGAGAGCGAGAAGGAGGAGAGUGGGGAGGAGGAGGGGUGUGUGGGGGACAAGGCGAGGUCAUCUGAAGCAGCUACAGUGCAGGCAGGCGCAGGGCCUGUCGUAACUGCCUUGGCUGCUCGUGCUGCAGAUGCAGCAGUGGCGGCGAGAGAGAAGGAGGGCAGUGGGAGCGAGGAAUUCGCGGAUGCACGGGGUGCAUCAGGGGAAUCAGGGGGGUCAGAGGGGCGUGGCGAUUUAGGAAAGGGAGAGGAAGAGGAUGAGAGUGAGGAGGGGGAGGAGGCAAGGGGGCAGCAGCAGCACCUCCCCAGCCUGCACAGCCAACCGCCCUCCUUGCCUCCUCAGACAUCCUCCCUCGCUGCUGUUGCUGCCACCGCUCCUGCUGCUGCUGCCGCAGGCGAUGCUGACAGCACUGGGAGCGCUGGGAGCGGUGAAGGCAUGCCAGCGACUGGCGGUGGUGAGAGAAGAGUGGGUGUUGACGGGCCUGGUGGCGCCAUUGAAGGCGCCACGGAUGAGCAACGCACCGAGGAGGAUAGAGUCUGUGUUGACGACAUGGGCGGCAGUGACAGAAUGGCUGGCAUGGGUGGCAUGGAGGGCAUGGGUGGCAUGGAGGGCAUGGGUGGCAUGGACAGCAUGGGCGGCAUAGUGAACAUUGAGGAUGUGGUGGACGACGGUGCCUCUGACAGCUCCUCUGCAUACCUCUAUCACGACGCCCAUAUGGAUCGCUUCAGCUCCGCCUCCUCCCUGCGCUCCGCUUCCUUCCGAAGCACCUCCUCUUUCCGCAGCACUGCCUCCGCUUUCGAUGACGCCGCCUCCUCCUUUGAUGACACAGCCAGCACCAUUGCCGGCUACCAGACCCCGCCCACCUUUCCCCCCUCCCCCGCCUACUCCUUCUCCUCCGCCCCAUCCCCCUCCCGCCUCUCCCUCACCUCCCGCUCCUUCUUCCCCUCCCCGUUCCCCCCGACCCUCUCCACACCACACCUCUCUCCCCCCGAGUCCCCUGCCUCUGCAGCCUCGGAAGCACUCUACUCUGCUCGUGAAUACUUCACCCCGCGCGCCCAGUCCCCGUCUGCUGCCUCUCUGCGCUCUGACCAGCGCUUCUUCAGCAGCCCAGGCAGCAGUGACGGCUUUCACACACCUCUUCAUACCAUGCAGUCGCCUUCUCCCCGUGCCGGCUUGUACUUGCCCUCUCCCCGUGGCACUCUGCGCUCUCCUUCCCCCCGUGCUACCCUGCGCUCACCCUCUCCCCGUGCUGACCUGCGUGCAACAGCACAGCGAAGCGGCUUCCACACUCUCACUCCUCGCUCCGCUCUCCGCUCCCUCUCCCUGCAGCCCGCUCGCCCUUCCUUCGCCUCUGCCAGUGCUGCUGGCGCUCGCAGUCUAGCGGACAGUGGAGAAGAGACUGGAGGCGGAUUAGGAAGAGAAGAAGCAGAGGGCAGGGAUACCAGCAGGGAUAUUGGCCGGGAUGCUGGCAGGGAUGGGCAGCAGCAGCAGCAGGACGUGGGCCAGCAAUUAGGGGGAGGGAGGAUGGCGGCAGAGGAGGUGGAGGAGAGCGAGGAUAAGUUUGUGGUGGCUGAACGGCCUGCUGCUGGUCACUCGCAGCCCGUGCAGCAGGAGCAGCGACAGGCGGAGGGGGAGAGGGAAGAGGAAGAGACAGAAGAGGAGGAGCAAAAGCAAAGCAUACCGCAGGAGAGGGUUAUUCCAGCAGCAGUUCCAGCCGUGGUCGCUGCUGUUGUUCCCAUCCUGAGCCCUGACGCCCCAUCCUGUGACCCCACAGCAUCUGAACCCUCUCCCUGCAACCUCUCUGCUGCUGAUGCUACUGCUCCUGACUCGGCUGCUUCUGGAGAAGACGCCAAGUGGAAGCUGCCUGGAAGGAGCCUGUUUGGUCUCUUUGCACGAGGCGCCGGUGGGAGUGCCGGCAGACGCACUGGGGGGACAGAAGAUGUGGCGGAGGAAGGAGUGGAAGGUGUGGGGGUGAGGGAGACGAGCAGCGGUGAUCCGAGAGGGGUGGAGCACGAGGAUGAGUUUGAGAGUGCUCGGGUUGGGGUGAGGGAGGAUGACGUGGUGGCAGGGGAUGCGUUGGGCGGAGUGGAUGGUGGGAUGGCGUUGCGGAGAGCAGAGGGGGAGGAGCAGAAUGAGGAUGAGCCUCGGGAGGAGGAGGAGGAGGUGAAGGGAAACAGCGAUGAGAGGAGACCGGAAGAGGAGGUGGAGAUGGGAGAGGGGCAAGGGGAGGCAGAGGAGGAACGGGUUGAAGUGGUGGAAGGGUCAGAGAGUGCAGGUGGAGGGGUCAUGCUCAAGGGGAGUGGCACUGCUCCCUCCCUGUCUGCUGCAAUGGCUGCUGGUGCUGCGGCGGCUGCUGCUGCUGCUACUGCUGUUGCUGCUGUCACUCUUCCCAAUCAUCCCCCUGCUGCGCUCUCCCCACCUCCUUUUGCCUCAUCUGAUGCCCCUGUAGACGCUCUGAUGCACUUCUCCCGCUCCUCCAACACCUCCCGCGCUGCCCUCUCCUCCUCUCGCCCUCCUGCCAUCCUCCCCACCUCUGCCGCUGCUGCUGGGGUCGCUCGGGCUCGGCUGCGUCCUGCUGUGUCCAUCGGCAGUGCUGCUGCCCCAGCUGCAGGGGAAGCUUCUCAGCUCGCCCCAGCGACCCGUGAAGGCCUGAGGACAGGUGCAGUGGGCGCAGCAGGAAAGAGUUCUGCUGCUGGCAGAAGUGGCGGUUUGGAUGGGUUGAGAGGUGCAGAGGAGUCGGUUCCUGGUAUGGAAAGGAUUGGGGAUUGGGAAGAGGGUGGCGAGGAAGAGGAGGGGGAGGUGUUGCAGGGGCUGCGGGUGAAGAACCGGCAGGGGGAGUGGGAAGACAGUGAGGACUUUCGGCCGCAGUGCUUGCAGCAGCCACAGUGCAUGCCCUCCCUGCACCUGCCCCGUGAGGGAGGGAGCACGGCAGGAGCUGCUGACGCAGGGGGGAAGCGAAAGCACGGUGGCAGACGGGAGCACGAGACGAGGCGGACUGAUGAGGAUGAUGAUGAUGACUCGGAACCGGAGGAGCAGGUGCUGAAGCACCGUGGGGCUGCCUCCUUUGCCUGCUGCUUCCGCCCAGCCGUCAGAGACUGA